AUGAGUUGUGUGCCAUGGAAAGGUGACAAGACCAAAUCGGAAUCACCAGAGCCACCCCAGCUACCACCGGUGCAUAUUUACCAUGAGAAGCAGCGUAGGGAGCUGUGUGCCCUCCAUGCCCUCAACAAUGUCUUCCAGGACAGCAACGCUUUCACUAGGGAAACCUUGCAGGAGAUUUUUCAGAGGCUGUCUCCCAACACCAUGGUGACGCCCCACAAGAAGAGCAUGCUGGGAAAUGGAAACUAUGAUGUGAAUGUGAUCAUGGCAGCACUUCAGACCAAAGGCUAUGAGGCGGUUUGGUGGGACAAGCGCAGGGAUGUUAACGUCAUUGCCCUGUCUAACGUGAUGGGCUUCAUUAUGAAUCUGCCCUCCAGCCUUUGCUGGGGCCCACUGAAGCUCCCCCUCAAGCGACAGCACUGGAUCUGCGUCCGGGAGGUGGGAGGCACCUACUACAACCUCGACUCCAAACUCAAGGUGCCCGAGUGGAUUGGAGGUGAAAGUGAGCUCAGGAAAUUUUUGAAACACCAGCUGAGAGGAAAGAACUGUGAACUCCUGCUGGUGGUGCCAGAAGAGGUGGAAGCACACCAGAGCUGGAGAGCUGAUGUGUGACCUGGACUGACUCUGUCCUCCCACUACAGCUCUUCCCCUUUUACUGAACUCCCGAUGUCCUGAAACCUGGAUAAUGGGUGCCCCAACUCUUCUCGUCUGGAACUUCCUUUGUUAGGCUCUUCUCUCCUUCCUUGGUGCAAUAGGGCAAUGGUGUAGGACAUUGGGUGUAGUGGGUGGGGAAGAAUUGAGGGCAAAGUGGAGGAAACUGGAAGCCAAUCACUUUAAUUACGAAGGCGGAUGAGCUGCAUGCCCUUCAGCUAGCUAGAAGGCGUUGUGCUCUUUAAAACUGGGCUUUGGGGCUACGGUGUCUGGAUGCCUCUGACCUCCCUUUCCCCACGUGGUUGAAGGUCGCGUGUGGUGGGACACUGCUUCCUCCAGGGCUUGUCACGGAAGAGCAGGGGCCAAGCACGCUGCUGUCUCUUCACAAGUCUCUCCCUCCAAAACAAGUUAUUGUGAAGACAUUUGCAAUUCCUAAGGGUCUCUCAGGACACUCUCAAACACUAGGAAUGGUACGGUGCUCAGCACGACCCUCUGCUUC